CUCAGUCAGUUGUUAUCGGAACUUGCUGCCGCUGUCAUGUCCGAGACGUAGACGCGCACGGUUCGUUUGCUGCGGAAAUACACACAACUACAGAUACAGAUAUAUAAAUGUACAGAUGCACAAUAAUAAGAGAUUGUUGCAAUAAAAAAUAAGUAUAAUAAUAACGCAUUAUAUAAAAAUACCAAGUGCAAGAAAGAAAACCAAAAACAAAACUGAAAAUCAACUAACUAGCUAAACGUUAUAAUCAGAGCUAACUGAGUCCAUAUCGAGUGACAAUUGCCGUGUAUAGUGGAGUGAAGUAGUUGAUAAUUCAUCGAAUUUGCAUAAACCCGUCGGUCACAUCCAAUUGUUAGCUGGUGGAGCUUGUUUGGAUUAGUAUUUGUUGGGCGUCAAAACGCUAACAGCGCUCCAUGGAGCUGUACACUCGUCCGGUUGAGGCUGUCAUCAGCAUGCAACAUUUGCAGGGCGGACAUUUUUGCAUGUGAUACCCGCGAUAUUGCAUAGAUAGGGGAGAUUGAGUCGACUUUGAGGCGCACACAAAAUUUCCUGUAUCCGUCUACUUUGAUGACCCUCUGAAUUGUUUGCUCUCUACUUACGUCUGGUUCAAUGUCACUUUCCUCAAGGCUAUCGCUGACAGGCACUGUUAAGCAGAACAGCGACGCGGGCAACGGCCAAUUUUGCGCCACCCAACGCAAUGCAAACAUACGGAAUCUGUUUGCGCCUACCCCGGCGGCGCUGGCCAAGCGAAAGGCAGCACGACAGCGCAGCCAAAGUAGUGUAUGCCUGGAACGGGAUCGGUUGGAGUCAAAGGAGCUUCAGGCGCAAGUGGGUACCCAAGCUCAGCAGUUGGAACAAGGCCUGUCCCACAGCAGUCAAACGUUGCGACGAUCCAUGGGACAAAUAGCCGGCUACAAUGGGAAUAAUAAGAACAAUGGUGAUUACCAGCGGAGCAUAGUCCGAGGCAGCGAUAGUUCAGGCAUAAAUCAAAAAGCAAUGGCAAAGAAUCAAUCAGCAAUAAAACAAUAUAAUGGGGUUAACAACAAUUCAAGGGGGGGCCAAAGCCACCAGUACCAUGCCUAUGAUGACUACAACAGCGACGAGGACUAUACUGACUCAAGCUAUGUACUGGGUGACUUGGCUAACAAGGAAAACAAUGGCUGGCAUCAGAGCGCCAUUCAAUUGGCUACAGAACAGCUGGAGGAGCAGCAGCAACCAGUUGGAGCCUCCUCUCGUCGUCCUUCCUUGGCCUGGCAGGAUCGAAAGAACUGGCAAGCAAUGAGCCAGCCAGAAAAUUUUAUUAACAGCAUCAUGGAAAAACAGCAGAAGGAACAGCAAGCCCUGCAGCUUAAGCUGCCUGGAAUCUGGGACAACAACAAUGUUGACUUUGGUAAUGAAAUGACCUGGGGCAAAGCAACGGAGAAAUCGCAGCCACUGAAUCACCUGAGACUACUGCAGGAGUCCCUGCCGUUGAAUGUUAGUAAGGCGGACAAACACCGUGACAUUUAUUCUACUGGCACUGCUGCUGCAGCUCCUGCUUACGAUUACGAUGAAGAUAAGGCUGAUGAGCUGGUAGAGAGUCCGCAGGACCAACAUCAAAGUUUGCAAAGCGAAAGCUGUGCGCAGUUUGCGCCCCUAGCGGAGCGCUUGCAGCGGUUUCGGCAGCGACAGCAGCGUUACAAUAGCGCUGAUAUCAACGAUAACGAUUUAUCAGCUGAACAAAUAGGCGUUUCCAAUUUGCAUGAGCAUAGCGAGAACAGCAACAACAGCAGCCACUGCAAAACUGCCGUUCGACGCUCCAACGCCAACGCCAGCGCUGCAGUUGAUGCCACCGAGCGCUGCUCAACUGACGCUUUAGAGGAGGCAGCUUCACAAUUUGGGAUCCAGCAUAGCGAGAGUGGCAAUAAGGAGGCAGCGCCACGACGACGUGUGCUCAUCAAGCGGCGCAUUGUGCGCUCGACACGCGCCCGCGACGCUGCAGCAUCGCCAACGUCCGGCUCCCCGCACAUGCAGGCAGCCAAGCCAGAGCAGAAACAGGAUUGUCAUCUCGACUGGCUUUCAAGGCUGCGCAAUUUUUGUGCCACCCAGUCCAACAGCAAGCCAGAGGGCGCCACAGCCACGGCUUUUGCUCCACGUCAAUUAAAUAGCAACAACAGCAAUAGGAGUGCUUCUCCUUCGCCCAUUAUGGCCGUCCUGCGUACCAUGAAGCUUAAAGAGCGCCUGGCUAUUAGCCUGGGAGCGACGCUCGUGCUGCUCACGCUGCUGCUCAUUGUGGAUGUGCAAAUGGACUUUGGGGUUGCAAACCGCCAUCUGCUGCAGCAACAGCAUCAAAAGCUGCGCUUUGGCAAUAACAAUGAUUACAACGAAGUUGGCUCGGCCGGAGGCGGAGGUAUGCUGCACGAGUUUAAACGAAAGUUCUUGCAAAAGAGCAACUCUUCAGGCUCCAAGGAGGCAUCAACUCAGGCUCAACCCUCGGGCAGUCAAAGUGGCGGCACAACUAGUGGCCAGGAGACGGUAGUCGCUGGUUCUACGCUCACCACGCGAAAGGUAACGCCACACGAUCGGUAUGUGGAUCUACAGAAGCUGCUGGUAUCUGACGAGUACGUUCAUGUCAUAGUUGAUAAUGCGCCAGAUGUGACGGUUAACAACCCCACGCUGGCAGAGAUGCUGCAUCGCCAAGUUGGAGCAAACGCCAGCAAUUUGGAACGCUUCCAAUUGCGCAUUACCAAAAAGGAGCUAUACAGCGAGCAGGAUACCCUGGUCGAUGCAGUGCUACGUGACAUGAUCAGGCUGCCAAUACAGCAUGUGGUCCAAAAAGAGGGCGGAACACAGCUGAAGCUAAUUAUUGAGUAUCCCAAUGACAUCAAGGCUCUAAUGAAGCCCAUGCGGUUUCCGAGGGACCAGCAAACGUUGCCCAAUCAUUUCUACUUCACAGACUAUGAGCGCCACAAUGCCGAGAUUGCUGCCUUCCAUUUGGACAGAGUUCUGGGCUUUCGUCGCGCAAUGCCUGUCGCUGGUCGCACGCUGAACAUAACGACCGAAAUUUAUCAACUGGCCGACGAGAAUUUAUUGAAGACAUUCUUUGUUUCGCCAUCGUUGAAUUUAUGCUUCCAUGGCAAGUGCUCGUACUAUUGCGACACUUCGCAUGCCAUUUGUGGCAAUCCGGACAUGCUGGAGGGCUCCUUUGCCGCAUUUCUGCCGAGCUUUGAGACCUCCAAUCGCAAGGGACGGAAGCUCUGGCGGCAUCCUUGGCGACGUUCCUAUCACAAGCGAAAGAAGGCUCAAUGGGAGACAGAUGCCAAUUAUUGUGCUCUGGUACGCGAUAUACCGCCCUACGAUGAGGGCCGACGUUUGCUUGACCUCAUGGACAUGGCUGUAUUUGAUUUUCUCACUGGCAACAUGGAUCGUCACCAUUAUGAGACCUUUAAAAUCUAUGGCAACGAGACCUUCCCCCUGCACUUGGACCAUGGACGCGGCUUUGGGCGUCCGUUUCACGAUGAGCUCUCAAUACUGGCGCCAGUUUUGCAGUGCUGCCUGAUACGAAAGACGACGCUCACAAAGCUGCUAGAAUUCCACAAUGGGCCCAAGCCGCUAUCGCAGGUUAUGCGCGAAUCGCUGAGCGAGGAUCCAGUCAGUCCGGUGCUCUGGCAACCCCAUCUGGAGGCGCUAGAUCGACGAGUUGGCAUCAUUCUGCAAAGCAUACGGGACUGCAUUAAGCGAAAUCCACCCGGCGAGCUUGAUGCAUCCGAUACGGACGUAUCGUCAUAGCGCUAAGCCUCAAAAAAGAGUUAGAGUCUAAACUUAGCUGUAAGUUUGCGUGUCUUGUGUACUGUCUAGAUUUAAGAGUUGAAAUCGCGACAGGGACCUUUGUAAAAGGUCGCGCUGCCCAGCGAUAUCCUUGCAGCUCCGUCUGCACAUACCAAAAAAAACCAAACAACUAAGAGCAACCAAACAAUUGAAUGUACUGCAUGUUCCGUACAUUUUUGGUUCAUUCUGUUAAGUAUAUAUUUAACCAAGUUAGCCGAUGAAUGGAAUCGAAUCGUUAUGUGGUCUGAUGUAAAAUGAUGUACCUUCAGCACACUGCACAUAGCAAAAGAACAAGAAAUCACACACUUCCUAAGCAGCUAAAUGGUGUAGUAAGUACUUCAACUUACUACGAAUACAACCACAGUAGGUGCCAAAAGCAAAACAACACAUAUACGAGUGCGAAGCAUUGUACUCGAACUUGAUUGAUUCUUAGAGCAAAACUAAAUUAUACUUACAUUGCGCUAGAGUGAAACUUCUUGAAAAGACUAUAACAAACAACUAUUUAUUUAUAAUUUUUUCAUAACCUUUACAACAACAAACAUGUAUAUUUAUGUAUGUACGUUUAUGCAACUGGUAAAUUGCCAGCACCGGAAAAGAACGAAAACAAAAAUUGUUGGAAUUUUAGUUGGUAAGUCAUAAGAUCUAUACGAUCGAUAUCGAUAUCAGAUGUAGCUUUAUCUGAAUGCCUAAAACUGUUCCCCAUUCUGCAAGCGAGGACAUGUUGUGUUUUAUAGCUUAUCUCAUUAGUUAAUUAAAUUAGUUUCAGCCUGAAAAGAUGUCCUUCAAGAGUUAUCGACUACUGUUAGCAACUAAUUAUGACUAUCGAGUAUAAAUAUAGUUAAUUUCGUUUGUUUUUAAUCUAACAAUUUAAAUCGUACCUAAUGUAGUUGCAAGGACGCCGUUUGUUGUUGGCCAAUUAAGAAAAGUAAAAACUAAACUAGUAAUAAAACAUGUUAGACAUAGCAAAAAUUUUAGUGAAAAUUUCAGAUAUUGAAUAAAAAAUACCAAAGAAA